AUGUCUUUCUUUGGCUUUGACACCACCCUGCCCAGGGACCGGGCUGCUCCUUCCGAGCGCCGGGGCAUUUUCGAGACCCCUGAUCCAUUCGCCGAGGUCGCUCGCGCCCGUCUUGUUCAAGGAUUCCGAGGCGGCGACGAGGAUGACGAUGCCAUUGAUUUCGAGGAUACCUACGAUGGCCUGGGCGAUCAGCUCGACGACGACCAGGAUGCCUUCAACGACGACACCUUCGGCGACGACCUCGGCGCUCCUCCUGUCGGAAAGGACUUCGAUUUCUUUGGGAAGACCGCGCAGGUAGCCGAUGCCAUCGGCGAAGAGCAAAUACGCUACAGUCUCCAGAAGCCUAGAGCCCCUGCUGCCGCCCCUAUCACUGCAGACACCAUUGCCGAUCCUGCUGUGAGUGCUGCCGCUGUGCAGCCGAAACGGACCGGUUAUGAGAAGUACUCGGAUCCCGGGUAUAUCCCGGAUCUUCAGGCCAAGUCGAGCGUCUGGGGUGCUCAGGCUCAAGCGCAGGCUCAGGCCCAGGCCCAGGCACGGGCAAAGAAGAUGCUCAGCUUGGAGGAGGUAGAGGCGCAGUUGCGGCGAUACCCGUCGUCACUGCCUGGCCAGAUACCGGUGUCUCUCCCUCAGUCGAUGCCCGAGCCGUCCCACCCGCUUCAGCGAGCUCAGAUGCCUCCUCUGCCCGAAGGCUUCGCACAGCUGCCACCUGAGCUUCUGCACGCUCAGUUUGCUAAGGGUGUGCCGCCUCCGGCGCAGCUGUUGCACCAGCCGCCGAUGGUUCCCGAACCGUAUCCGCUUGCUCCGCAUGCUCCCAACAUGCCAAUGCACCUUCUGCAAAAUGCCAAUCUUCCCCCGCAGCACAUGGGGCCGCCUCAACGUCAGAUGAUCCCACCGGGAGGUCCUCAAGCCCAGCAACAACAGCCUCCACCGCCGUCUCAAAGCAUGCGGGCCAACAACGCCCAGCUACCCGUGAUCACCAAUCCUCAACAGCUGAUGCAUCUGUCGGAAGAGCAACGAGUGGCAUACUUGAUGGAAGAUGCGAAGCGCGCCAAGCGAAACCACAAGAUCUUCCUCCUUUCCAAGGGCAAUGGUCUGAUGACUCCGCAAGACAAGAACUUCAUUACCCGUAUCCAGCUCCAGCAACUGGUGGCUGCCGCAGGUAAUGUCGUGGACACGGAUUCCGAAGCGGUCUUGGCGGAAGAUUUCUACUAUCAGGUCUACAGCCAGAUCCGCGGCGCUCCUCGGCAACACCCCCAUCAACCUCUCGGUCACUUUGCGCAGACGUAUCUCCUCCAGACUGGUAACCGCCUCGGUGGUCACGGCAACCGGAGACAGUUCCAGAAUGCCGACAACCACAUGCAGAGAAUGCAGCAGCAGGUCCAGCGGGCCGUCGAGGCUGCCAAGGCCAAGCCCAAGAACAAACAACUCAUCAUUGAAGGUAGCUUGGGCAAGAUCUCUUUUGGCAAUGCGAAGGCUCCGAAGCCCAUGCUCAACCUCAAGCGGCCCGAGAGCUCCGAGGGUGGCAAGUUACUCAAGAAACCUCAGACCGACCUGAGUCUGAGCGACCGGAAGUCUAUCCUGACCAACAUCGAGGGCGUCUACAGCACGUUGAUGGAAAUGGAAGAUAUGGAGCGCACCAUGCCUCCUCCGCCAGACGAGAAUGACCCCGAGGCCAUUCAGAAGCAUAUGGAGUGGCGGCAAAAUGUUCGCUCGCUCAACCAGAAACUGUGGCGCGAACUGAAGGUUAUGGAGCCGAUUGUUCCCAACACUAACACGCCUCACCCGUUCAUCGCUUUCCUCUCUUACCCCAAGGGCAAGAAGGCCAUCCCCCGUAUCUUCCGCCACAUUGACCAGGAACAACGCGUCACGAUCCUUACCAUGAUCGUUGUCCACCUGGACACUUUGGACGUGGUCCGACGCGCACAGCUCAUGCCCGGUGAGACUCAGCCGUCUCCGGUCGUCCGCGAAGCCAUCGACCUCUUUUCUCAGACGGUCAUGCCGAGCCUUCUCGGCUACGUCAAUGAGGCUCCGUUCAAUAUCAUCAUUGGAUUGUUGGGACUUGUGAUUGCGCAGACCCAUGUUCAGCUGGUGGCCAAGACCCGGAUCGGACUAGGAAUCUUAACCAUGCUCCUGAGCCGCGCGGAAAUCGUAAAGGAAGCCGACCAAGCUUCAGAGCGAGAUUGGCAGCAGUGGGUCGAGAAAUUCAACGUGCUAUUCGACACAUUGGAACCCACAUUUGCCGAUAUCUUCCCCAGUUCCAUCAAUGCUGGUGACGAUAUGUACGUCUGGCAAUUCUUGGCAGCCGUCGGUAUCGGCGCCAGCCCUGAUCAACAGCAACGCCUAGUUAUUGCCGUGAAGGAUCGUGUGAUGGAAACUGUUACGUACAGCAAGACGCUUCCUGCAGACAUGGCCAGCCAGCGUCUCGGAAACGUCAAUCUGUUCAUGCGGGCCAUCGGUCUGGACGUUGAACUUUUGGGUUAG